AUGGUGCUCAUGGAGAGCUACUUCUUCUGCGCCUCGGUGCGACUGGGUGUCCUGGUCACUUGCAUCGCAGCCACCGUGAAAAAUACCAUCCUCAUGUGGCUGAUAUUCGACGACGGAACAUCUUUCCUUUCCUUCCUUGUCAACGUACUGGAAACUCAUUAUAGGACCAGCACGAUUGUCAAGGAGUCCGUUGCCUGGGCGGAAAAUUAUUCCAAGGAGCUCAUGAUGUUUAUUCAACUCUACAGCUCUUGCCACAUUGCAACUUGCAUAUUGGCGGCCUAUGGCGCAUUCAAGCUCAAGAAAUAUCACGCUAUACCAUUGGCGAUCUUCGAGUUCCUCUACACAGUCCAGGUGGUUGUGCUCGUCAUUAUAUCGCUGCGGAUUGCCAGACAUAUAGUGCCACUGGCCACCUUGAUUUUGAUGACCGUGGGCCUCACAUUCUACGCAAUGCUCGUGGCCUACGACACGUUGGCGUUGAUUGCCUUUGUGCAAAUAAUGUUUCUGGUGCGGAGCCAACGAUAUCGACGCCUUUACGGUCCGGAUCCGCUGAACCCCGUGCCAAACGGAAUGCAACUGCAUCAAGUGGCAUCCAGUCACUCGAUCUCACAACAACCAAUAAUUAUUUACGUAAUGCCCAAGGCGGGUCAAAAACUGUGGGAUGUGCCACAGUCGAAGUGGUGGCAGGAUGAAAAAACUGACGUCGGCGUUCAACAAAACCGAGCUCACGAGGUGUCCUCUGAUUUUUUCCAGCGGCAGGAGCUUUUGUCGGAAAUUCUACUACGAAAUGCCAUAAAGAAGGACUAUCUGCACAAAGAAAGAUUUGCGAUCUAG